CUGAUAAUUGAAUUAUUUAUAUAUAAAGUUAAUUGCAAAAUGGCACACUAGCGCUAAGUACAACUGAUCAGAACGCUGUAGUCUGUAGUUUCCAGUGAGCCGCGUCAGUUCGAUAAAGUCUGUAGUGAUAUACGAAGUGAAAAGCGAUAGGUAUUAAAUGUGUUAUCAAAUGUGCCUUCGAUCGAGCACAAUUAUUCACGAAGUACUAGUUUAAUACUAAAGAGAGAUUUGCUCGAUUUUAUAAAUUACAUCUAAAAGGAAAGAUGGACCAAACAGACGAAAACGAACACAAUGCGUUGCGAGAAGUUUUAAGCGACGAAGAAUUAACACAAAUUCCGGAAGAAUUCGUUAAGAAAUUAAACACGUACUUUAAAGAUAAAUUUGAACAGUAUAUUACGGCUAAAGCAGUUUUUGAAACUAAUAGGAAAAGCUUUGAUCAAACUUUGGAUAAAUUACAAAAAGACUUGGUUGAAGAAAAAUCAAACUUUCAAGAGUAUAAGGAAAAAUUAGACGUGGCAGAGAAAUUCAAUGCUGAAUUACAAACUAAUUUAGAUGAAGCUAAGAGCGAAAUACAUAAACUACAAGAGAAUGUUAAAAGAUUGGAGAAGGAAAAUGUAGAUUUACGCAGGUACAGAGAUACAAUAGUCGAUGAAAGAGAUGCGUUGCAAUUACAGGUUGAACGACGAGACACAGAAAUUGAAAGAAUGCAUACGGAAUUAUCUUCUCUAGGUAGUCAACUACAAAAAGCUGUUACUACAAAAUGUCAAGUUCUAGCAGAAACAGAGGAAAUUCGAAGUCGCGAUAUGACUCUUGAUUUCAAGGAGAAACGUCUAGAGCAAGAAAGGACACUUCUUCUGCAACAAAUGUCAGGCCUUGAAGAGGAAUUAGUAAAAAGAACAUCAGAAUUACAAACAGCAAGAUCAGAAGCUUCUGCGCGAUCAUUUUUAACCGAAACUCGUUUGGCACAACGCGACGAAGAAUUACGUAUUGCUAAUGAGGCAAUGUCGCAACUACGAGAAUCAUAUGCAUUAAUUCAAAAACGCUGUGACGAAUUUGCUCAAAAAUUAGAAGGGCAGCGUUCUCACGAAAUUUCUAUACAUGCUUCCUAUAGAGAAGAAAUUACAGCUCAAACUAGAUUGGCCGAUCUUUAUAAAGGAAUGGCAGAUGAAGCAAAUGCAAAAGCUGAAGAAUUUAGUACAGCGGUUAAAGAACUUCAGGAAUUAUUAGAGCAUGCCACAGAACAAUACGGAAAACUAGAGACUACGCAUAAUCAACUUCAAUUACAGCACAAAGAAAAUUUAGAAGAAAAGGAACGGAAAAUAGACGAACUUUCGAAAGAAUUAAAUCACGCGAAUGAAUUACUUAAAAGCAUUAAACAAGAGAGAUUAGAUCAAGCUGUUGAACAACUUGCACCAACAGCAGCAAUAACUAGUCGCGUGCUUAGGAAAGGCUUGAGUCUUACACAGAUUUACACACAAUUAGUUGAUGCAACAAACGAAUUAACUUCCGAACGUGAGGAAAACGAACGACUGAAGUCUCACAUGGAAGUCAUUUUACGUGAAUUAGAAGAUAAAGCACCUAUUUUACAACAACAACGUGAAGAUUAUGAAACUGCUAUGACUAAUAUUGCAACUCUUACAUCAAGAUUAGAUGAACUUUUAGCAGAAAACCAUAAGUUGCAAGAAGUAGCGGAUGAAGCAAAUCGUAUUGCUAAACAUCAUACUAAAGAAAAUCAAAGAUUGAAGACAGAACUGUCAGAUUUAGCAAGACAAGUGUGCUUCCUUUUGAAGGAAGUUCAAGAAAGUAGAAGUGGUGCAACUAUUCAUUCAAAUGAAUUUUCAAAUUCAAUGGAUGUGGAUAAUCUUGCUUCGUCUGAAAUUAUCAGUAAAAAGCUUGUGACUUUUAAAGACAUCGAAGAAUUACAAGAAAAUAAUCAAAAAUUAUUAUCGAUAGUCCGUACAUUAUCGUCGAGGCAGGAAGAAAUUGAGAAAGCAACCGAUGAAAUAAAUUCUGGUGAAAUGAAGGAAAAAUUAGAUAGGUAUUUAGAACAGUUAGAAGAUAUGCAAGCUGCGCAAGACAGACAAGGAAAAAUGUUAGAGGGCCUUUUAAGACAGCGAGAUAUGUAUAAAAAUAUGUAUCAACAAUGUUUGAAACAGACAAAUAUGUCAGAAAAGAAGGACGCCUCCAUCAUAUCGGAAGAAGAUACGAAAGAGAUGGAUGGGGAAAAAGUUGUUAAAGAUGAGUCAUCUAAAAUUACUCAGGAUGACGCGAAUAAAGAAAAGGAAUUGAAAAAACAAUUAAUAGAAUGCGAAAGUAAAUUAAAACAAGUUACAGAUGAAUAUGAUAUUUAUAGAAAGGAAAAAGCAGCGCAUGAACGAAUGUUAGGAGAAGAAGUUGAAAGACUUAGAAAAGAAGCAGAAGCAAGUUCAGCCCGGUGUUGUAGAUUGAAAGCACAAUUAGAUUCAGCUAAUGAUAGAUUUAAUCUUUUACAAGCAAACGUUAGUUCUUACAAGUCUCAGAUAAAAGUUCUCGAGGAGAAAUGUUUUAAUUAUAAUGUUACAAUCGGCAAGCACGAACAAAGUUUAAUGAUUCUGAAGGAUGAAACUUUGGCUGCUAAGAUGCAUUCGUCUCGAGCUGAAGUGCAAUUGGAAAACUUACGGCAGGAAACACAAUUUUUACGCGGCUCUGAAGAACGCCUUUUAAAAGAACGCGAAGUGUACGAGAGAGAACGUCAAACGCAAGCUUUGUUGCAAGCGGACGUUGAAUUUAUUAAAGCUAGUUUAGAACGUGUUCAAGCCGAAGGUCAACUACGUGCCGAGCAACGUUUGGAUGAUGCUACGAGGGAAUGUGCAGCUUUGAGACGGCGAUUGCAGGAAGAACAAGACCGAUUUAGAGAAUUAACGUCCCAUUUGGAAAGGCAACUCGCAACAACACAGGAACGACUUACCGAGGAACGUAAUAUAACUGAACAAAUUCGUGUAGAGUUGGAACAAACCCGUCAAUCUGAUUCCCAAAAUACACAGCGCAUAGAGGAACUCAAUAUUAAACUUAGACAAGCCGUUAAUCAUUCAAUAUCAAAACCUAUCAGUGGCGAUGAAAAUCUCGUAAAGAGACUAAAAGAACUUGAAUUGCAACUUGCGACGACACAAGCAGAAGCGAAAUCUUUGUCAGAACAACUGAAAGCCGCGCGGCAACAGGGCCAACAGUAUUGCGAUAUAGCCGAAAGCGCAGAAGCACAAUUAAGAGAAUUAACUACGCAACAUAACAAGUGUAAAGAGGAUUUAGAAACCGCGUUAAAAGAAGCACGGGUAGAAAUAAUGUCUUUGCAAAAGAGAGUACAGGAUUUGGUAGAAGAAUUAGCAAAAGUUUCCAGCGGUAGACAAGAAACCGACUCUGUAUUAAGAGAAAAAUUAGCCGACGCAGAGAGGAAACUUGAAGAAUUAGACGAAGUUAAAGGAGAAUUAGAGAUCAUUAAAGGCGAUUUGUAUACUGCUUCGGUAACGGCAAAAGAAGCAGAAGAGAAAUAUGCUAGAGAAAUGGUAUUGCAUUCAGCAGAUCUUCAGACGUUAGCGAAGUUAAAAGAAGAAGCACAAACGGUAGACAAAAAGAUGACAACAUUGACUCAGGAAAGAAAUUCUGCUGUAGAAACUUUAGAACUUGCGAAGUCAGCUUGCAACGAAAGGGAAAAGAAAUUGCUUGACGAAAUGGAGGGGAUACAACAAAGAGUAAAUGAUUUGGAUGCACAAAAUGCUAUUUUACAUACGCAAAUUCAGGAAUUAAGCGAGAAAACUGCAAUUAUGCACAGUCAACAAACGAAAAUGAGCAGCCAGGAAAGUCCCGACACUAGUUUAGAAGCGAUGAAUCGUAGUUUUAGUGGCCUUGAAGAUGAUUCUAAAUCUGCAGAACAAUUGCUAAGAGUGAUGAAGUAUCUGAGACGCGAGAAAGAUUUGGCUGUAACGAAAUUUGACGUUUUGAGGGCAGAGAACCUUCGAUUAAAGUCCCAAAUGGAGGUCCUAGAGAAGAGAGUAAAGGAAAGCGAGGCUGUUCUAAAUUCAGAAAGAGAAAAGUCAGAAAUCGAUGUAGUGACCACGUCUAAGCACGCGGAGCUACUACGAAAAGUUGAAACAUUAAACGCGAUUGCUGAUUCUAACAGAAUUCUGAGAGAAGAAAGAGACAGUCUAAGUGCAAAGGUUUCAGAGCUUACUGCGAAAGUUGCUGCGCUUUCGGAAGAAGUUGUGCCACUUCGAGACACGACGCGAGACAUGCAAGUGAAAAUAGAGGCUUUGUUGCAGGAAAAUACAAGUCUUAAGGCGGAGGCAACUAGAUGGAGGCAAAGAGCUAACGCAUUGGUGGAGAGAGCUAACAAGACAAGUCCGGAAGAUUGGCGUAGAUUGCAAACCGAACGCGAAAAUCUUAGCAAACUGCUCACUUCCGAACGUGAGACGCACGCUAAACGCGCGGAAGAAUUCAAUCAAUUGAAAACGGAGAAAACUAAAUUGGAAGAGCAACUGAUACAACUCCAGAAACAAUUGCAAGCACAAGGGGAACAAGUUCAGAAAGUCUCCGAGGAAGCGCGUAAAUUAAGUUUGGAUUUGAACGAAGCACUUGCUGAUUCUACUUCCAAAGCUAAAGAUCUAGCCACACUGAGGAAAGAGCUUGGCGAUAAAGAAGUAGUCUUGAAUGACAUUAAGAAUAAGGAGAUUCAAAUAAGAAAAAUAGCAAAGAAAUACAAGACUCAGUUUGAGGAACUUGCGAAAACAGUGGAGGAAGAGAAAAAUCGAUCCGAAGAGUCUCGAAUAGCGGCUGGAACUUCAGGCAGCGAGGAUUCUGCUUACGUGUCCCAGGAACGCGAGGAUCAAUUGCGAGAAGAAGGCCGAGCAGAGUUGCGUCAAGUAAACAUUGACUUAACAUCAAAAGUUGACGAGUUGUCUCGACAAAUGGUAGUUGUACAAAACGAAGCUGAUUUGUUGAAGAAAGAAAUCGACACUAUGAACAAGACAAGCGUAGAGAAGGAAGAACGCGCGAAACAAGUGUUGAAAGGCGCAAGAACCAAAAUCAUGCAAUUGACGGAAUCAAAGAAGAUUUGCGAAAAAGAAUUGCUUGAUCUAAAAGCAAAAGUCGAAGCCGGUGAUACUGAAUCGGACGCGGCCGAACACGAUGCCAGACUGGUAGCUCUUAAAUCUCAAAUGGAAGGUAGAAUUUCCCGCCUGGAACAUGAGAAAUCAGAAAUUCAAGCAGAGAAAGAUAGUCUUUCGCAAAGAGUUAAUCAGUUACAGCGACAAUUAGCUGGCGUUAGCGGAGUUAGCGCUACCACGGAACCACCAACAGCAAAUAUUAAACCAAUGUCCGCUCGUGCUGAAACCCCGUUAGCAAGUAUUCGUCCCAUGAGCGUAGUAGUGCAAUCUAGAACAGCUGCAGUUCUACCUACGACUGCCAGUGCACCGGUAAUGGUUGCACCCCAUCAACAACAACAAUCACAGCAACAAGUAGUACACACCACCGAAACAAGUUCUCCAACUAGUAGUCUUCCAGAUUUUCAACCAGCUAGUACUAGCAGCUCGUCGCAGACAGCGCCUAGUACUUUACGCCAACUUGUUGUGCAACCACAGUUGAGCGAAUCAGCAGAGUCGACGCAAAGAGAAGAUCCAGAAAUUGCGGAAACGCUGAAUGUACAGCAACAGCAAUGCCAACAACAGCAGCAGCAACAACAACAACAACAAACUGUUGCCUUGGUCAGUCCAAGAGUCGAACAACAGCAGCAACAACAGGCUGUAGCGAGCGAUCAACAGCAAACUGUAGCCAGUAGUUCAACCCAGUCGGUGAGCACGUCGCAAGCUUCGACGGGGCACAAACGUCCCAGGACUCUCGAUUCCACGGCAUCAGGAUCAGGAAUCGUAGAGAGCGCAGAUCAUAGCAGGCAAGAACAAGUCCUUAGCCCUAAAACUAAACGGACCAGACAAGAAAUAGCAUCCACUGCGAGUGCUAGUGCUUCGGAAGUAGAAUAUCAGGUACCAACGUCGAGUCAACGGGAUCAAGAUGAAGAGGUAGAAGAAGGGUGUGUAGUUGUAGUGGAUUGUGACGAAGGUGAAGGAGGUGGCAACCAUCAAACGCAGGAAGAAGAAGAAUUCGAUAAUGAUCCGUACGAAGAAAUGGAAGAAGAAGAGGAAAUGCCUUAUGAGGUCGAGGUAGAAGUAGAACGAGAUAACAACGAAGUUGAGAUUAUAAUGGGAGAAGAUUCGACGAGUGUUGAAGUACCUAGACAAGCACAAGCAACGGUACCCACGAAUCAACAGCAGCAACAGUCUGAAGCGAUUAGUAGCGCUGGACCAACGGGAGAACCGCCCACAUCGUUUGCGACUCGUUCGUCGCGGGGUAUUGCACCCAUGCCUAGGCAACAACAACAACAACACCUUCUUCUGCCACAGCAAGGAUACGAGGAUGGAGGUGACGAUAGUAUAGUACCAAGCACGCCGACUUUGUUUGUUCCACGUCGAGGGGAUGGGUUCGGGGAAGCUGUGAGUUCACCUCAGGUCCCUCAAGGACGUUUCACCUUUGGAGAUUCAUCUGCACCGACGACAGCAUCGUCAACCCCUUCUUUAUCAACUCCUUCUGGAUCAACAACUCGAACGAUAUUUGGAUCAUCCAGUUCUGGAGCUGCACAAGUGGUACAAGAAAGUAUGGAUGAUACGAGAAUGGAUCUUGCUCAGUCAGAAGAUGGUGGUACUGGUCGUAGCGUGCCUACUACGCCUUUGCAAGUUUCACCAGCAGCCGAUUUACCACCUUCGACAAGCAGCGGACCAUCCGAAGAACAGGAAACACCAGUUUCAGUGACACCAGUGUCUGUAACAGGUACCACUGUUGACGAUACUAGCGAAGAACCUGCAAUACCUAGUAUUUGUGUAGUCGGUGUCGAUGAUCAACAACAUAGUCAAACUGAAAUAAUCACAGAAUCUAUCAGUACGACACCGACUGAAGGAACUAGCUCAGAGAGUGAAAAGCGUACAGAAGAAGCCGGUCCUCUGAUUUCCGGAGACGAUGAUGCGGUUGACACCGGUGAAGGAACCGAAGAACCAGGAAGUGACAUAGUAGAGGAUGAAGUAGAAGAAGAGAGUCGCGAAGCGGAAGCGUCUCCUUCCAGUAAUACGCGUCAAAGGGCAAUGGCAGCUGCGGCUGCUGCUGCUGCGGCUGCAACAGCAGCAAAUGGUACUAGAAGUGCUACGGCACGACGAUCGUCGCGAUCGCCGUUUAGGGCAACGCGCGGUACACGGCCGACGCCUAUUGUUUGGGAAAGUCAGUCUGGCAGGGGUCAAGCUGUAGUGCGCGGAGGACAUGGAGGGAGGGGAUCAAACAAUGAAACAGGAAGGGGGCGUGGAACUAGACGCCGAAUGCGCUCUAAAUUUCCAUACGCGCGAUUUUAAGACUAGAAGACGAUUUUCUAUAAGAGGUCACAUGAGAAAUGCGCAAGCAUUAUUGUCAUUUUCUGCAUGAACGAUGUAACGAACAUUGGUUGUUAAUAUAUCAACAUUUAAAAUAAAAAUAUUUUUAUUUAGCGUUAAACGGUAAUUAUGUUUUACAGAUAGAUUUUUCGAUACGACAUUUGUUAUUCCUAUAUGUUUAGGUGAGACCAUAACAUCGUUCUUGUAAUGACAACAUACGUACACGUAUCUUUCUACAUUUAAAGCUUAGAGCAUUUAAAGCUUAAUAGCAUUUCCUUUUACAUCUAUUUUUUAAUCAAAAGUGACAUUCCUUCUGUCAUACCUAUUCGUCUUCGAAGUUGCUAGAUUCAGUCAAAAGUACAUACUAUUUAAGUUGCCCUAUUUAUUGACUUGUAUAAGUAAUUUUUAUGUAAUUUGAAUUUCAUUAAUCAUUGGAUAUCUUUAUAUAAAACAUUCACACAAAGUAUGUGUACCCCAUAUUUUAAUAUGGUUUCAUACCGUGUACAGCGAACGUCACAUUGACAGUUUUUGUCAGAAUGAGCAAUUAUCAUCAUUUUCAAAAUGCGAUUUUAUUUCUUAGUA